AUGAGCGGUUGUACAAAUCAAUUCGCAAUUUUCAAAUCUUCAACAAUUAAGCUUGGUUAUCGAUUAACUGGCUUAUGGCCAUACAAUCCUAUUGGCAGUAUUCCUGCAGACGUCAGUACACCAACUACCACAUCCCGCUUUCGAAGGAUCGAAAAGAAGCUUGAUCAAUUGGAUUCCAAUUCGUCCGAAUUUCAAAGCACCCUCCAGAAGUUGAUGAAGGGUAGUCAAAUCCAGGCGCAUUUAGCGAGUGAACUCCGCCGAGAACUUAGCGCUACCACACACGCGCAAUCAAUUAGGGAGCCACGAAGACAUACAUCAGGGAAAAGCGUGAGGCUAUCUGGAAUCAUCUCAUCAGAAGAAGUCUACCAAAUGAAGCGUCAAGAGAAGAAGUUAGAUGAUUUAGAGGCGUUGCAUCGAUUGCGACCGCAGUGGAAGAAGGUAAUGAAAGAGCUAAAAAAGCGGUGUAUCCAGCGGGGACGGCGGUUACGCAGGUAG